UUUUCUUUUUGUGCGAUAUUACAAACAACAUGGCGCAAAGCAAACUGAAUGAUCUUGCGGGCAAGCUGGGCAAAGGUGGGCCACCUGGACUGGGUAUUGGACUGAAGCUCCUGGCGGCCGCAGGAGCUGUAGCCUAUGGUGUUAGCCAGUCCUUUUACACAGUCGACGGCGGUCACCGCGCCAUCAUUUUUAACCGCGUUGGCGGCAUACAGAAUGAUAUAUUCUCGGAGGGUCUGCAUGUCCGCAUUCCAUGGUUCCAGUAUCCCAUCAUCUAUGAUAUUCGCUCCCGUCCCCGUAAAAUUGCCUCGCCGACGGGCUCGAAAGACUUGCAGAUGAUCAACAUUUCACUGCGUGUGCUGUCGCGUCCCGACUCUCUGAACCUUCCCUCCCUGCACAAGCAGCUGGGCGUGGACUACGACGAGAAGGUGCUGCCCUCCAUCUGCAAUGAGGUGUUGAAGAGCGUGAUCGCCAAGUUCAAUGCCUCGCAGUUGAUUACACAGCGUCAGCAGGUGUCGCUUUUGAUCCGCAAGGAGCUGGUCGAGCGUGCCCGCGACUUCAACAUCAUUCUGGACGAUGUCUCCCUCACCGAGCUGAGCUUCGGCAAGGAAUACACUGCCGCCAUCGAGGCAAAACAGGUGGCCCAGCAGGAGGCGCAGCGCGCCGUCUUCUUUGUGGAGCGGGCCAAGCAAGAGAAGCAACAGAAGAUUGUUCAGGCUGAGGGUGAAGCAGAGGCAGCGAAAAUGUUAGGUCUGGCCGUGAAGCAGAACCCAGCUUAUCUGAAGCUGCGCAAGCUACGUGCCGCACAAAGCAUUGCCCGCACGAUUGCCACCUCACAGAACAAGGUCUACCUGUCGGCGGACAGCUUGAUGUUGAACAUUCAGGACUCUGCCUUCGAUGACAUGACCGAGAAGGUUUACAAAAUUGGCACGGGCUUGCCCAAGGAUUGGAUUAAUCCAGGAAAAAUGAUCGCUGCAUCGGGCAAUCAGCUGGGGCAGGAGGACGGCAACAACGUGGGCAAGGUGGCACGCAAGACAGCGGAACGGAUGAUUUGAUUCGGGCACUGAUUGGGGCACGGCACUCUUCCACAAUCCUAGUACAAAUAUCAAGAUAUUCAAGAGGGGAACGAACGCCGCUUGACUCUGACCGACUUCAAAUACGAAACAUUUACUUAUCAUUAUAAUUGCGUGUAUAAAAUACAUAAGAAUAGUACAUAA